GAGCUGGGUGGAAAAAGGAUUAUUUUUCUAGGAUCGAGGUGGUGGGGGAUGGUUUUUUCCCCACACGUUCGUGCCAUAGCGAAAAGGUGGAAAAGUUUGGCAUAAGAUGGGUGAGAAAAAAAAGAGGAACGUAACAGUGCUGCCUGCUGUUGGUGGUCGUGUUUUCAGACGGGAGAGCUAGCGAGCGAGCGAGUGAGAAUCCGGAGCGAGCGAGUGCCUGAGAGAAGAAUUGAAUGGCAGCUGUAUCGAAAUGUGCGUUUGCCUCCGUGCAUGUGUAAGUGUGUGUGUGCGUGCGUGUGCGUGCUGGCGCACGAAGGUGACUGUCGCCGUGCAAGCGCUGCUGUAUUGCAAUGCGUUGAGCAUUUGAAAUGCUUUGCGUGAAGGAAAGAAAAAAGUGCGUAGACGAGAACGAAACGAGAACGCACGUACCGAGAGCGCGCGCGACAGAGAGAGAGAGAGAGAGAGCAGAAAGGGAGCGCGCUCGCGUGUGUGUGUAUUCGGUUGUAUGCGUGUCAGUUUCGGUGUAACGCAGAUGAUCGCGGUGUCGACGAUUUGGCUGUGUGUGGGGCAAAAAAAAAGAAGCGAAUCAAGCGAAUUGGUUUUGUCGUCAGCCGUCAUCUUGGCAGCAAAGCUAGCAUGUUUGACAGUACGAAACUCGGCGCGGUAAUUAGUUUGCAGCUCGUUCGGUGAAACUAGCAACUUUUCCAGUGCACGAAUAUUAACGGGAAGAAAUAUUUCGUACCGGGUGAGAAUUGUGAUUCAGUGCAUAGUUAAGGCGGUCUCGGAUAGAGAGUGAAGCACGCCCGUGGACAAUUACUUUGAAUGCUGCAAAACCACAUCUUCACCAAUGCGUGGCGUACAGCGUCCGGCAGAUGACCAAUAGCAUCGGAGGUGGAAUGUGUAGCGUUGCGCAUUGAGGAGCAGUACGGCAGAUGUAACCACGCUCAAUACCGAUUCGGAGCUGCUGCAGGAGACGAAGAUACACGUGCGGGUGCUGGUGCGCGUUGCAGACCGUUGGAUGCUGUAAGCCGGGCCGGGUGGACGGUAUAUGUUGGAGGAGGCCGGCGGAGGCGUAGGAUCGGGAGGAAUCGCUAGACGUCCCAUAACACACCUACACACACACACACGAAAUUACACUUACGCACAAGGCUAGUCAGGCCGGCAAAUCUCACACGACAACGAUCGGCGCCUGCACUCGAGGCUCCCAGCCCGACAAACCACUUCGAAGCCAGUAGUUGCUCUUGCGUGCGUGGCGAGCGGCUGCGAAGCGCAGAGGUGGUGUGGUAGUGCACUACCACAGCAGCAGUACCUUCCCGUGAGGGCUACUGCUAGUACACAGGGGCCUUAUCCCUGUCACUUUUCUUGUUUUCCCGGUUCCAAAGCGGCAUAGAAAAUAAACUUUAAUCUGACUCUCGGUUGGUUCGGUGGCACCUCGGAAAUGUCCGACACUGGUAGUGGACACGACGGAGGCGCCCAAAAGGACUAUUCACAGAAGAUGGACGGCGGUGGCGGUGUGCUGGGUGGCGGCGGCAGCGGCGACUUCGAUUCCGGCCAGCAAAGCCAACAGACCGAGCAGGAGCUGGCCACGAAGAUGCUGCAGAUCCAGUCGAAGCGCUUCUACCUGGACGUGAAGCAGAACCGGCGCGGCCGGUUCAUCAAGGUGGCGGAAAUCGGUGCGGACGGGCGGCGCAGCCAGAUCUUUCUGGCGCUGUCGACCGCGGCCGAGUUCCGGGACCAUCUGUCGACGUUCAGCGAUUACUACGCGUCGCUCGGCCCACCGAACCCGGACAACGUGCCCGAGGACGGUAAGCUCAAGUCGGAGAUGAUGAUCAAGGACAACCGGCGGUACUACCUGGACCUGAAGGAGAACGUACGGGGCCGGUUUCUGCGCGUGUCGCAGACGAUUACGCGGGGCGGUCCGCGCUCGCAGAUCGCGAUCCCGGCCCAGGGCAUGAUCGAGUUCCGCGACGCACUGACCGACCUGCUCGAGGAGUUCGGCACGAACGACGGUGGCUACAAGGGCGAGCUGCCCGAGGGGCGCCAUAUGCGGGUCGAUAACAAAAACUUCUACUUCGACAUCGGCCAGAACAGCCGGGGAAUAUAUAUGCGCGUGUCGGAGGUUAAAAGCAACUUCCGCACCGCGAUCACGGUGCCGGAAAAGUGCUGGCCACGGUUCCGCGACAUCCUCAACGAUUACUGUGACAAAAUGAAGAAAACGUCCGAGUCAACUACUUCUUCAAUCACUGCCGAUAAUACUUUACAAAAGCAAACAUCAAAUAAUAUGUAAAAAAAAUUUGCGUUACGAGAGAAGAAAAACACACACACACACACAUAAUAUAAUACAAAAAUGAAGAGAAAAAAAAACGCGAUGGUGGUAAGCAGCGAAGGAGCGCGAUGGUAGCAAGAGCAUCCCAACUGGCGCAAAACACACACACAAAAGGCAGAAUCCGCAACACAAAACCAGAUUCAAACAUAAAAGCCGUAGUGGAGAGAAGGUAAAAGAGAGAGAGAGAGAGUAAUAUAAAGCAAAACAAAACAAAUAAUAAUAAAGAUUAUAAUAAUGAUAAAGCGUAGAUCAAAUAGCGAGGAGAGCAGAUCAUGGAAAAAAUGGAUUAAAAAUCGAACACAAACAAACGGAGAAGAUAAAUAAUAAAACGAGGUUGGAAAAAAAAGCAUCCAGUUGGGAAUAUUUAGAGGAGUGAGUGGAGUGCAGCAGUUGUGGUUCGGAGCAACUUCAGUUAAAAUCUAGGACAAACGAAUUGGUUGGUUUGUAGUUUGAAGCUAAAUUGAAAAGGCAAAACAAAAACAAAAUGGUGGUGGUUGGAGGUAGUUUUGUGUGGAAACGGCAGUUAAUAGCAAACAAGUGCAAAGGAAGCGCAUAUUAAAGCAAGCAAGCAAGUCGGAAGUAACUCAUGUGUGUGUGUGUGUAGUUGGAAAAUGGUCGAUCGAACACGUGGCACGCACGAUGGCGGCGAGUAUCGGAUCUGGAGGAUGUGGUUGGCCCGGUUGGAAGACAAUUAUCCUUCCCUCCCAUUACCGGUUUUGCGUUGUUCUUAGGCUUUUCGUUGUGUAAGGUUGUUUACUUUUUGCCGUCUGUUACAUUGUUUAGUUUGUUUUUUUUUCUUUGUUUGUUUUAAUUUACUUACUUCUCAUGCUGUGCUUCUCGCGCAACAACACCAUACGAGAGGUGCAGAUAGGCUAUAUUGUGCUGGGAAGGAGUGCUAUAUAACAAAAAAAAAAAUCCGCGCCUUUCUACAAGCGAAUGGGCGCGUGACAAGACGUGUCAUGUGAAAUCGUUUCCAACAAUUCCCUGAUGCUGAUGCCCAUCUGGCCAAGGCCCGUCAAGAAGACGGCUCAUCGCUCACAGUCUAACGGUAGCGAUUCGUUGAGAGGCUGCUGUUCAGUUGUGUGUAAAGAAGCAACGUAAAGCGCUAAAACGUUUAAACGAUCGAUACAUUAGCGUACGAAGCAAAGUACGAACCAUUUUAAAACCCCGCGCACAGUCCCCGCGAGCUCCCGUAAACGGGUGGGGCUGGCAAAGCGAGAAAAGCAAUGACAAACACAUAAUUCAGGGCUCGCCAAAAUGUUGGGCGAAGAAUGGAGCGGGGGGUGGGGGGGGGGUGAAGAAAACGGGAAACAACCCCCCCCCCCCCCGGUCCUACCACACCGCGGAUACGAUCGCGCGAAAAUUAAAGAGACUAAUCAAGAAAAAGGGUCAGAUAAAAUCUGACCAUAUAUGGAUACGUUGACAGCGAAAAAGUGGAAAGAAAACUAUUCAAACAAACAAACAAACAAAAAGAAAGGUUAAAAUAAAUUGUUGUGUACUGCUAGUUUACGUUGUACUUGUUCGUUUGUGCGUUAUUGGAGCAUACUCGUGCGAAGUGAAGCCAAAGAUACCACACAGAGAGAGUGUAGAAGAGCAAUUUAAAGCAAAGGUAAUGUGCCAUGUGUCAGGUGCAUUUGCGCCCUCGUGGAAAACACUUCAAACAGGCCGCGGCAAGGAUUCGCAGUUUUUUUCGCUUCGACUUCAAACUACAAAUCAUUAAUUUUUUGGCUUUUUUCCCCCGUUGAAUCUUGUUUAAAUACGGUUGUGUUAGAAACAUUACAAAAGUGCGGUGUAAAUCUCUUACUGGUAGUGGCGGUGGCAUGCCCCUAGUGUAUAAUACAAUCAGCAUCUGAGCUUGACCAUCAGAUGGAAACGGAAGCGUGUGGUUGAUUGAAACAAGAAGCAAAGGAAAACGUGAAAAACGGAAAUUAUAACGAAGUCAAUAUACAUAUAUAUUACUGUUAAAUGUUAUAAGAAGAUAGAAAACAAGGUGACAAAAGGAAAAAAAAGGAAAACUAACAUCGCCAAGCACAAAACAUGGUGCGUUUGGGAUGUGAAAGAGCAGUUUAAAAUGAUUCAAACCAAUUCAACUUGAAAUAUUUUCCUUUAAAUAGAAGCAUGCAAAUCAUAACAACUGAUGAGCGAAGUAAGGAUGGCAGCUGAAAAAAAGAAUUGAACUUAACUAGCGAAGCAUACAAAUGAGCGUGCUGCUCCUAAUUUUUCGUAAAGUUUCUUCUUCUUGUUAUAGUUUUGUGGUGUUGAUUUUUUGUUUUUUGUUUUUAAGAAAAUAUUUUAAACUUACACAAACGAUGUACACUGUUUUUCUCCUUAAUUAGCUACCCCCCCCCCCACUCAAGUACGUAACGAACGGAAGUACAAACUAUCGUUAAAAUAAGUGUUAUUGGGGCAUCACUAUGUUGUACUGAGCGCGGCCCGUUUGAGUUGUCCAUACUUUGCUGCACUGCUUAGGGUCUUAAUCUGUCGAUUGUUAUUGCUGGAAAAAUGCUUAAAAAACGUCCCGGAUCGAAGAGAAGCAAAUUAAAAACACAUUAUAACACACUCGAUGGAAUAUAUUUACGGAGAAGGUGGUGAACGAUGGAACAAACGGUGGUUCUAAGUAACCGACUACCAAACAACCAAAACGAAAUGGCAAUAUGAAGCGGACGCCGACCAGAACGAACGUACACACAAGAGAGAGAGAGAGGGAAACAAAAACAAACACGGAUAACAAGUUAAGCAACUACUCUUGGUAACUACCAAAAUACCAACCAAACCUAUCUACUAUUAUGAAAGAUUGUGAAAUUUUAAAUUCUGUUGUUUCCUUUCAAGUCUAUUGUAGCGAAUAAAUAAAGCAAAGCAACAAACGAAAGAGAGAGAGAGAGAGAGAGAGAGAGAGAGAGAACAAAACUAUAACGAGGCGGGUGUGGUGAUGUACGAUGAAGAUCAACCACGUGUGCGAACCGGGUACCGAAAACCAAUGCAACAGUACAUAUAGAAGCUGUUGAGUAGAGCAAAAGCAAGGAGAAAAAGAGAAGAAAAUACACAAAACAAAAUGUUUAAAACAGAAAAAGAGAAAAAAAAGAAGAGAAGAACUAAUGUUAAGAUUAAGUAAUACCAUAGGUAUCGAUUUAAGGCAUAUGAUGCGCAAAAACAAAACAAAAAAAAAAACAAAACAAAACAAAAGGAAAUGGAAAAGAAAUAGAUGAUCAAUCCGCGAGAGCACACGCUAAUUUACCAGAACCCGCAUUUCACCAGCAUUUCGCCAGCGCCAUUCUUUACGUUACGAGCGUUUUUUAACAACCAACCAACCGCGCGCGCCUUUACGAACACCCCCCUCCCCCCCCCCCACCCACUUAGAGCACCUUAGAACGAACGAAAUCAAACCAGCAGUUCACCCAUAUUGAAGGAAAGCAGCCUCCCAAUAAUAAUAAUAAUAAUAAUAGCAAUACUAAUCGCAAUAGUUUGUUUCCCGAUCGAUGCAGAAGCCUCCCUGCACUCAGAAGAAAAAGCGAAUGCAACAAUAGUAACCGGUUUUUCUCGAAUUUAUAUACGAAACUACCCACUAUCGCAUGUAGUGCGAUUUUUAAGCGAUCACGAAUAAAAUGUAUCUCGGAAAACGGGCCCGGGGGUUCCGGCGUGGCACGUCGAUCGAUGUACGUGGCAUUGUAGAAAAAAAAACGAAGAAAAUUCGAUGGAAAAUUCCACCCCCCCAAGCCCCCCUUAGCACAUGAUCAGCACUCACCCACAAAAGCGGCACCUGACGGUCACAGGCACUCGUGUACAAGUUUUCGAUGGUAUGGCUCGAUGUGCGUGUGUGUGUGUGUUUGUGUCUUUGUAAGGUUCGUUUUUUUAUUAAAUUUUUCGGAUAUCUCCUAUCAUAUAUGGCCAACGAUCCGUACGGGAAAUGGAACGUACCCCAAUUCAAAAUGGCCAUUCAAAAUGGCGCAUGUUUUUUUUAGACCAAGUGAGCGAAACGCAAACAAGAAAUCCCCCCCUGGAAAUUCGAAUUUUAUUUACACACAAAACCUUCGAAAUGUGAUCAAACAAAGAAAAAAAAACCCUCCGGGGGUGCAGCAGCUUUACGGAAGUAAAGCUAAAUACAAUUUUCAGUUUGGAGAGGAACACGAAACACACGAAACGAAGCAAUGGCAACGUACAAUUUCAAAAUCUUCACUCGACGCGUUCGAUCUGUUCGAUCCGUUGUUGUUAUCGGAAUCUGAUUCCCGGGUGUGGACCGGAACCGGUUCAAAUAAGAAGCUCCCCACUCCCGCAGAACCCUAGUACACCUAGAGCAUAUGACAUUUCCGUUCCGUGUUUUUCGUUCCGUGUUGUGUAACAGCCGGACCGAAACCCGCGGGUGAGGGGAAAAGCGACGAGUUUCCCAGAAACUCUGCAUCCUACGUAGUAGCUUUAAUUAAUGUGAGAAAAAGAAUAUAUUAUUAUUAUUAUUAUUAUUAUUACUUGUACUGUAAUACAAGUGCAUGGUCAUGGUAGACAGUAGUGAGUAACGAAUGGAACAGCGAAACACAAACCGUGAUCAGGUCCUCUGUGGUGAAGCAGCUAUAGACACUAGAGACCAUACAACGUGACUUUUGAGGGCAAAACCCCGCAUUUCGGAGAUCAAAUCUCCCCUCACGCUCGAUUACGCGAAUCAGUGGUCAGGAUGAUUGCCAUAACAGAAAUGUGGAAGGCACAAAAUGGGGGCAAGAGCAUUCAGCGCCGAUGGGUUACCGGCAGUCUAGCGCGUGGUCAUAUCGAUUGGGAAUCGCCAUCUAGAAAAAAAAGAGGGCAAAAUGCUGUUAGUUUAUACGUAAAGCUAGAGAACGACCAAGAAAAAAAAACAAGACCAUUAAAUGGUGGCUCCACCGCAAUCGCUCUCCCGAACAAGAUGCAGAGCAGAACCUUACCUGUAAGGUGCAACAAGGUGCAAGGUUUAAAAAGCAAAGAAAAAGGAAGCAGAAUGAAAUAGAGGAGAAAACAACACUGUAUAACCAACAGCAAAGAACGGAGAAAACUGGAUAUGACAAGUAAAGUUGAACAAUUACAUGUAGCAAGAGCGAUCGUCUCGCAAACCUUUAGCAAUGUAAAACUGGGUGUUGGUUCAUGCGCGUAGUACAGAUUUUUCCGAACGAAUGAAAUUCACCAUUAACAAGCAAGCAAAACUCUUGUUAUCUUACACGUUAGCUCACAUUUUGCUAUAUGUUUUACAGGGGUUUUCAUUUGAUAAAGCAAUAUCAUUCACUUUUAUUGUAGGCUGUAGCUUAGAUGAAAUGACAAACAAAGCAAUUUGAUAUGGCAACGGCCUCAGAUGAUAUGGUUAUAGUAACCGUUGAUAUUGUACGCGUCCUUUCAAUGCCACGGGUAAGUGCGUGGAAUAUCAACGGCUACUAUGACCAUAUCAUCUGAGGACAUCGCAAUACAAGGUAUUUGAUUUUCUUACCAUCUGAGGUCGUUGCCAUAUUAACUAGCUCUGUUUGCCAUUCCAUCUAAGAAGCCUGUCAAAGAAAUGAAUGAUAUUGCCUUGUCAACUGAAAAACCCCUGUAUUGUUUUUUGUUCUUUCUGUUCCAAAACUCACUUUUUUAUCUUUUAAACCACUUGUAACAUGAUGUUUUUAUGUUUCUUUUUUUUUAAUUUUAUUUUUACAUUCACUUACUUCUUCUACAUCACACCUCCCCCAGGGGUUAACGAAAAAAAAAACCACACACACAUAGAACACACUCUCAAUCAUAUAGGAAGGCAAUAGCAGUUUAAACGUAUGCGAAUUAAAGAAAAAAGAACGAAAACGGUCGUUAUAUACUACUCAAACGAAAUAAUAGUGCUACGAACAGACACAUCAACGCGGAGACGGAAAAACUGGAUUAAUAAAAGAGAACCACACCGUGGAAGAAGAUGCAAAAGGCAA